GGCGGGGUAGGAGGCGGGGCCCAGCCCCGUUAAGAGCGUGGCCGGCCACGGCCACCGCGGGCCCCCGAGAAAGUCGAGUGGCCAACGAGCCGGCAGAGACCCACCGAGCGUCGGCGGAGGGAGCAGCGCCGGGGCGCACGCGGGCACCAUGACCCAGACGCCCGCCUUCGACAAGCCCAAAGUAGAACUGCACGUCCACCUAGACGGAGCCAUCAAGCCUGAAACCAUCUUAUACUAUGGCAGGAGGAGAGGGAUCGCCCUCCCAGCUAACACAGCAGAGGGGCUGCUGAACGUCAUUGGCAUGGACAAGCCGCUCACCCUGCCGGAAUUCCUGGCCAAGUUUGACUACUACAUGCCUGCUAUUGCGGGCUGCCGGGAGGCUAUCAAAAGGAUCGCCUACGAGUUUAUAGAGAUGAAGGCCAAAGAGGGCGUGGUGUAUGUGGAGGUGCGGUACAGUCCGCACCUGCUUGCCAAUUCCAAAGUGGAGCCAAUCCCCUGGAACCAGGCUGAAGGGGACCUCACCCCAGACGAGGUGGUGGCCCUAGUGGCCCAGGGCCUGCAGGAGGGGGAGCGAGACUUCGGGGUCAAGGCCCGGUCCAUCCUGUGCUGCAUGCGCCACCAGCCCAACUGGUCCCUCGAGGUGGUGGAGCUGUGUAAGAAGUACCAGCAGCAGACUGUGGUAGCCAUUGACCUGGCUGGAGAUGAGACCAUCCCAGGAAGCAGCCUUUUUCCUGGACAUGUCGAGGCCUACCAGGAGGCUGUGAAGAGCGGCAUUCACCGUACUGUCCACGCUGGGGAGGUGGGCUCGGCCGAAGUAGUAAAAGAGGCUGUGGAUAUACUCAAGACAGAGCGGCUGGGACACGGCUACCACACCCUGGAAGACCAGGCCCUUUAUGACAGGCUGCGGCAGGAAAACAUGCACUUCGAGAUCUGCCCCUGGUCCAGCUACCUCACUGGUGCCUGGAAGCCGGACACGGAGCAUGCAGUCGUUCGGCUCAAAAACGACCAGGCUAACUACUCACUCAACACAGACGACCCGCUCAUCUUCAAGUCCACCCUGGACACUGAUUACCAGAUGACCAAACGGGACAUGGGCUUUACUGAAGAGGAGUUUAAGAGGCUGAACAUCAAUGCGGCCAAAUCUAGUUUCCUCCCAGAAGAUGAGAAGAGGGAGCUACUCGACCUGCUCUAUAAAGCCUAUGGGAUGCCACCUCCGGCCUCUGCAGGGCAGCACCUCUGAGGACAACACCCCUCCAAGCCUUUGCCCUGUGGAGUCACCCCAAUUCUGUGGCGCUGAGCAACAUUUUUACAUUUAUUCCUUCCAAGAAGACCAUGAUCUCAAUCGUCAGUUACUGAUGCUUCUGAAGCCUGUGUGUCCAUUUCUGCACACACGUAUACCUCGGCGUGGCCGUAUCCCUUCUCUGAUUAUGUGUCCUGGUCAGGGACCAGCGCCCUUGCACAUGGGCAUGGUUGAAUCUGAAACCCUCCUUCUGUGGCAACUUGUACUGAAAAUCUGGUGCUCAAUAAAGAAGCCCAUGGCUGGUGGCAUGCA